UUUUUCAUUUAUUUUAAUAUUAUUAUUAACUUGAGCUGCUCUCUGACGUCUGACCCACAACAACAGAUAGAGAGGAGAUAUAUAGCCUCUCGAGUCGUCUUUUUGGUAUUUUUUGGUAUUUCAAUUUUUUUAAAAAAAAAAUUAUUUUUUGGAGAUAUUUUCAAUCGAACAGAUUUGUUGGUGCUUUAAUGUUUCUUCCCAGAUUCCUGGUUAUAAACAAGUUUUUCACUAUCACAAUUUCUCUGAGAGAAUAAAUCAUAGCUCACAAAUUUGGCUGAGAACUGGAUUAAUCAAUUGAACUUGAGAGGAGAUACCAUGGGGUACAUAUGUGAUUAUUGUGGGGAGCAAAGAUCAAUGGUGUAUUGUCGGUCUGAUGCUGCUUUUUUGUGCUUGUCCUGUGAUCGGAAUGUUCAUUCUGCAAAUGCCCUUUCAAAGCGCCAUUCUCGGACCCUUGUUUGUGAAAGAUGUAAUGUUCAACCUGCUUAUGUUAGAUGUAUUGAUGAAGGAGCCUCUCUUUGCCAGAAUUGUUUUAUGGUUGGACAUGAUGGGUCUACAACCUCUUCAUUACAUAAACAACAAAGUAUAAGUUAUUAUUCUGGAUGCCCAUCAGCAGCAGAGCUCUCCAAAAUCUGGUCAUUUAUCUUGGAUCCUCUCCCUUCAUCAGACAAUUCUACAUGUCCAGAGGGAAUAGGUUUAUUGAGUAUAUCUGAAAGCGGUGCAAAGAAUAACUUGGAUCCUGUGGGUGAAGACGAUGGCCAAGAUGCAAUGGAUGUGGUGGCUGGGAAUGAUCUGCAAAAUAUUAAUAAAUCUAGUGUUUGGUAUGGACCUGCAUCUAUUACCGAAUUUGUUUCACGUGAAUGUCCUGACCAACAUGAACGUGCAGAAUCCUCUAAGUUGUUUAACUCUACUAAUAGAGUUCCAAGGAUUUGUGAAGACGACCCACUUGCAGACCUGGACAUGGACGAGGUUGACUUAAAUUUUGAAAACUAUGAUGAGCUCUUUGGUGUUACUCUUACUCACUCUGAACAACUUCUUGAGAAUGGUGGAAUUAACAGCUUGUUUCGAAGACAAGGCUUGUCUACAACUGAUUCUGAGGGCCAGGGUGGAUUCAGUGUUGAGGGAGCAUCUGCUGGAAACACCGGCCAAGUGCAGCCCGCAUGCAGCAAUGUAGCUUCUGCUGAUUCAAUGAUGAGUGUCAAAACUGAACCAAACCCUGGUAUUGCUGCAAAGCAAGCCCAUUCCAAUCUAUCUUUUUCUGGCGUUACUGGAGAAAGCAGUGGUGGGGAUUAUCAAGACUGUGGGGCUUCUUCAAUGCUUUUACUUGGAGAGCCACCCUGGUGCCCUCCUUGUCCGGAUAGUUCAAUCCAGUCCACCAGUCGAACCGAAGCUGUUAUGCGAUACAAGGAGAAAAAGAAGGCCCGAAAAUUUGAGAAAAGAGUGAGAUAUGCAUCCCGCAAAGCCAGAGCUGAUGUGAGGAAGCGUGUAAAGGGCCGAUUUGUCAAAGCUGGUGAUGCUUAUGAUUAUGAUCCUCUAAAUACCAGGAGCUACUGAAGACUAAAUUCUCAUCUUUUUGUAUUACAGGAGCGUGUAAGCAACGAAAUAUUUGGUGUACAAUGUGGUCAACAGAAGCUUUAGGGUUUUGGCCCGUUAUUUGAUUGUACAUCUGGAACAUAUCAGAUGAUUAUGAAAUUGCCAUCAACAUGAAGGUUGGCUGUUUGCCUUAGCUUCAGAUGGUUAGCACUCAGUGUAACUCUUUGGCUGACAAUAUGCUCCUGUCAUUUUGAAUAGUCUGUCCAGAUUCUCCUGCUCGUAAAUUCUGGCAACUGAUACAUGCCAGGCAUAGAUAUAUAAUUGUCUGCAAGGAUAUGGCACCUUCAUAUGGCUUCUUAUUCUCAGUAUGUCUGCCAUAGCUUCCUGUGUAGUCUUAUUACCAUUGUAUGUAUAACCAAAGUCCUAUAAGUUAUAAAGGGAACUGGCGAGGGUUCCUUUAUUUAUUUUUGCAGGGGGGUGGUGGGUGUUUGGGGAAUGUGCUUUGUAGAUUUUAUGUACAUUGCUUGUGUUUUGCGGAAUCAACCGUAGAGUUGUAAGUGUAAAUUGUAAUCUAUCGUCAGAGAAUCAUAGGCUAUAUUUGGUUUUGCAAUAACAUCGUCUGGUAUUUCAGGUGUCCA